AAAAAUCAUAAUGAGGUACUACUUCAUGCCUACAAGAAUGGCUAUCAUCAAAGCAAACAAACAGAAAAGAAGUGUUGGUGAGGAUGUGGAAAAAUUGGAACUCUCCUGCUUCACUGGUGAGAAUGUAAAAUGAUGUAGCUACUGUGAAAAACAGUUUGGUGAUUCCUUAAAAAGUUGAAUAUAGAAUUACCAUAUGACCCAGUGAUUCUGCUUCUAGGUAUAUACCGCAAAUAAUUGAAGAUAUAUAGUCAAACGAAUACUUGUACACAAGUGUUCAUCACAGCAAUAUUCACAGUAGGUAGAAGGUGAAAACAAUUCAAAUGUCCAUCAAUGGAUGAAUGAACAAAAUGUGAUCUAUCCAUACAAUGGGAUAUUUUUCAGUCAUAAAAGGAAUGAAGUAAUGAUAUUUGCUACAACAUGGAAGAACCUCAAAACAUCAUGCUAAGUAAAAGAAGGCAGACACAAAAGGUCACAUACCCAGAAUAGGUAAAUCCAUAGAGACAUAAGGCCUGUUAGUGGUUGGCCAGCCUGGAGCAGGGGGAUGGUAGUGACUAUUUAAUGAGUACGAGGUUUCAUAUUGGGGUGACUAACAAGGUUUGGAACUAGGUAGAGGUGAAAGUUGCACGAUAUUGUGAAUAUACUAAAUGUCACUGAAUUGUACACUUUAAAAUGGUUGAUUUCAUGUUAUGUGAAUUUUUAAAAAUUAUGUCAUAUAGUUUUUAUGAUCUCAUAAAUAACUGUGGCUUUGCUGUCAUAGUUACCUUGUGACUGUUGGAACCCAUGUGCUUUGCAGCGUUUGUAUGUUGGGAAAGUUCUUUCCAACUGUGGGCAAGAAAACUCAAAGAUGGAUGAUCCCAAGGCUGAAUUGCAGCUGCCCAAGCAACAAGUGGACCUUUAAAGAUGCAUACAGGGCUGCAAGAGAUGAAGGGAGAAAGUGGAGAGACCAAUGAAGGGAGGAAAAAGCAUGUUUCCUGGCAUAGCGGUGGCGCCAUCGGUGCAAAUUGAUCCUCUUGUGUGUGGUGUUAUCUUAGACUGCAGAAGUCUCUUCAGAUGGAACCUAUUGAUUCAGUUCGGAGCUUCUGGCAGUGGUUCACAGCACCAGCCACUGAUCCCCACUGCUGGGAUCACUUGACUCAUGCUGAACAGUGAUCCUGAAAGGUUUAAUAGGAAAAACUUGCCUUCUGCAAACAACUGAAAAAACUGCCCUCAGAAACCGUUUCUUUGGCCCUCAUGGAGCAGCCGGAACUUCCACAGUGAGGCCCUGGACAGGACAAGCUCUCUCUCCUGCCACCCGCCCCCCCCCCGACCCCGAUCAGCCAGAGCGGUGGUCGCCAUGGCCAGCAAGAGGAAAUCCACCACUCCGUGUAUGAUCCCGGUGAAGGCGGUGGUGCUGCAGGAGACCGGUGUGGAGGCCCAGCCGGCUGAGGCCUUGCCUGAGGGGCCCCAGCAAGAGCCGCCCCCUGAAGUGCCCGCCGGGGGCAGUGGGGAGGUGACCCAGACGCCCAGCAGUACCGAUGGCACCACACUGGCCAAUGGGCACCGGAGCACUUUAGACGGCUAUUCCUAUUCCUGCAGAUACUGUGACUUCAGAUCCCAGGACAUAACCCAAUUUGUGGGGCACAUGAACUCAGAGCACACAGACUUUAACAAGGACCCAACUUUUGUAUGCACUGAAUGCAGUUUUCUGGCAAAAACUCCUGAGGGGCUUUCUCUGCACAACGCCAAGUGUCACUCGGGGGAAGCCAGCUUUGUGUGGAAUGUGGCCAAGCCAGACAAUCAUGUAGUCGUGGAGCAGAGUGUCCCCGAGAGCACCUGCACUCCCGACGUCUCGAGUGAGCCCAACACCGAAGGGACUGACGGACAGGCCGAAAUCAUUAUUACCAAAACCCCAAUCAUGAAGAUAAUGAAAGGCAAAGCUGAAGCCAAAAAAAUUCAUACGCUCAAGGAGAACAUCCCCAGUCAGCCUGUCGGUGACGCGGCCUUACCAAACCUGUCGGCAGGGGAGACCGAGGCGAAGGAGGGGGACCACUCCUUUGUCGACGGGGCGGUCCCGGUCGGUCAGCCAGCCGCCGGCUCGGCGAAAGCGCCACACGUGGCCAACGGGCCCCCGAUGGGAGCGGUGCCAGUCCUGCCAGCCGGCCUCGCCCAGUUCCUCCCCCUGCAGCAGCCACCCCCCGGGCGCACCCAGCACCACCACCAGCCGCCGCCCACAUCCAAGUCCCUCCCCAAGGUGAUGAUCCCCCUGAGCAGCAUCCCCACCUACAACGCGGCCAUGGACUCCAACAGCUUUCUGAAGAACUCGUUCCACAAGUUCCCCUACCCGACCAAAGCUGAGCUCUGCUAUCUGACUGUGGUCACCAAGUAUCCGGAGGAACAGCUCAAGAUCUGGUUCACGGCCCAAAGGCUGAAGCAGGGCAUCAGCUGGUCCCCUGAGGAGAUCGAGGACGCCCGGAAGAAGAUGUUCAAUACGGUCAUUCAGUCUGUGCCCCAGCCCACGAUCACCGUCCUCAACACGCCCCUGGUCGCCAAUGCCGGCGGCGUCCAACACCUCAUCCAGGCCGCCCUCCCAGGCCACGUGGUGGGGCAGCCAGAGGGCACGGCAGGUGGCCUGCUGGUCACUCAGCCGCUGAUGGCCAACGGGCUGCAGGCGCCUGGCUCGUCCCUGCCGCCGGCAGUCACGUCCGUCCCCAAGCCGCCCGCCGUGGCGCCCAUCAACACGGUGUGCUCCAACACGACGUCAGCUGUGAAGGUGGUGAACGCGGCUCAGUCGCUGCUCACGGCGUGCCCCAGCAUCACCUCCCAGGCCUUCCUCGACGCCAGCAUCUACAAAAACAAGAAGUCUCAUGAGCAGCUGUCGGCUCUGAAAGGAAGCUUCUGUCGGAACCAGUUCCCGGGCCAGAGCGAGGUGGAGCAUCUGACCAAAGUGACGGGCCUCAGCACCAGAGAGGUGCGUAAGUGGUUCAGCGACCGCAGGUACCACUGCCGGAACCUGAAGGGCUCCAGGCCCGUGCUGCCCGGCGACCAUGGCCCCGUCGUCCUCGAGCCCGGGCCAGACACGCCCUUCGCCCCAGCGGCCAAGGCCCCGGAGGGGCCCUGCGUCCCACCGGCGGCCACCCUGGCCGCCCCUCCUUCAGCCAGACGGCAGGCCUGGCACCAGACCCCCGACUUCACGCCGACCAGGUACAAGGAGCGAGCCCCCGAGCAGCUCCGAGCCCUGGAGAGCAGUUUUGCACAAAACCCCCUUCCUCCCGAUGAGGAGCUGGACCGCCUGCGGACUGAAACCAAGAUGACUCGGAGGGAGAUCGACAGCUGGUUCUCGGAGAGACGCAAGAAAGUGAGCGCCGAGGACACCAAGAGGGCCGAUGAGGGCGCCGCUCCGGAGGAGGCGGCGGCGGCUGCGGAGGACGAGGUGGGAGAAGAGGAGCUGGCUGGCGACCUGAGGGUCCCUGGCGGAGACGGCUCCCCAGAAGGAGCCGGUGGCCACACGCUGGCCGAGCGCAAGGUCAGCCCCAUCAAGAUCAACCUCAAGAACCUGCGAGUCACCGAAGCCAACGGCAAGGGCGAGCUCCCGGGGCUGGGCGCCUGCGAGCCCGGGGACGGCGGGCCCGGCGAGCCGGCCGAGCAGCCCCCGGGCAAGGCGAGCUGCAAGAAGACGGCCCAGCAGCGGCACCUGCUGCGGCAGCUCUUCGUGCAGACGCGGUGGCCCAGCAACCAGGACUACGACUCCAUCAUGGCACAGACCGGCCUGCCGCGGCCCGAGGUGGUGCGCUGGUUCGGGGACAGCAGGUACGCCCUGAAAAACGGCCAGCUCAAGUGGUACGAGGACUACAAGCGGGGCAACUUCCCCCCGGGGCUGCUGGCGGUCGCCCCUGGCAGCCGGGAGCUGCUGCAGGACUACUACCUGAGGCACCAGACACUGUUCGAGCGGGACCUGCAGAGCCUGUGCGACAAGACCCAGAUGAGCUCCCAGCAGGUCAAGCAGUGGUUCGCUGAGAAGAUGGGCGAGGAGACCCGGGCCGUGGCGGACACGGGCGGCGAGGACCAGGGCGCCAGUGAGCCCGCGGCGGCUCACAGAGGGACUGGUGACGGGUACUCGGAGGUGUCCGAGAACAGUGAGUCGUGGGAGCCCGGAGCCCCCGAGGCCAGCUCGGAGCCCUCUGACGCGCCGAGUCCCCAGGCUGCACUGGAGCUGGAAACGGACUGAAUUUGAACUGAUUACACUGAAGGACUGGCCAGUCUGGGAUGCCGCCUGCCACGUGAAGGGGCUCCACCCGACUCUCCGCUGCCACAUGCUGUUCCCACGCCCGCCGCUGGGCACACACGAGAGCUUCUGGAGGCGUCGCUGCCAGCCCGGAGCCCACUGCCACCUUGGGCCCGCCACCACCAAGAGAGCCAGCCAGCGGGGAUCGCAGAGUCCUCGUCAGUUCUUCCUCCCACAAUGUAGGACCUUUCCUUUGCCU